CAAAUCUAUUUUGAAAAACCUGAGAAUCGUUCAUCUUCUUCAUCUUCCUAAUCCAAAUCCCUCCGAGUUAGUUUUCAAUCCAAGAAACUCGCCAAGAACUGGAUACUCUGGCGGAUUCAGAGACCAAGAACCGAGACGUGGUUCUGAAGCUGUAUGACGCCCUGAGAUCUCGAGACGUCGAAUCGGUUCACCGGAUCCUCACCCCGGAUCUCGACUACUGGUUCCACGGCCCUCCGCCGCACCAGUUUUUGAUGCGCACGCUCACCGGCGCCUCUCCUCCCUUCGAAUUCGCGCCUCUCUCCGUCGUCUCCUUCGGAUCCACCGUCAUCGCCGAGGGCUGCGACGCCGCUAGCUCCGUCUCCUGGAUCCACGCCUGGACCGUGUCGCAUGGGAUAAUCGUUCAGGUGAGGGAGUACUCGAACACUUCUCUCACCGUCACCCGGAUCGGUGGCGUCGUCGCCGGAAGGUCUGCCGAGAUCGCGCGCUCGCACUGCCCCUCCGUGUGGGAAAGCAAAUUCUCGGGUCGGGCGGGAAAAUCCGUGCCGGGUCUGGUUCUGGCGAUUUGAGGAUUUGUAAGGUAACAGCCACGUGGACUAAUAACUAAAUAAAGGCUGCUUACGUGUCGCUGUGUGGUUGGUCUGUCGUAUAUGUGAGGAUUUUGUGCGGUUGAAGACGCGGUGUGGGCUGCGUUUUGGCUGUCGCUAGCUCUUCAUUUGUUUUUUUCUUUUUUUUUUAAUUAAUUUGCUUUAUAAUCGUGCUUUUGUGUUUUAGUGGCUACAGCAAGCAUGGGGAUACCCAAAUUGGCUUGUGCCGUUAUGUCUGAUGUAACGUUUGGUUAUGUUAUAAUUGAAAUAAAAAUGUGCGUUUGGGAUCUUAUAA